AUGGGAAAUUGUAAAUCAUCUAACACUAUAGAUGUAUUAUGUAAUCAUAAUAAACCUCAUAUUGCAAUAUGCCUAGGUUAAGCAUGGACAAGAGAUGAAGGAGAUAGAAGAUUAUGUGAAGAAUGUUUAGUUGAUCAUAUGUGUAAUGAUCGUAUCCCUAUAGAUGAUGGUAAUUAGUGAUAUUCUAUAUUAAGCAAUAAAAUUUGAUAACUAUGGAAUAUAAGAAAUAAUAGAGACUUUCGAAAGAGAUUAAAAUUCACUAAAUGCAACUGGUGGAUUAACUUAAACAUUAGCAAAUUUUAAAAUAAUUUCUUUGAGAGCUUUAAAUCAUAUUAAGGAUAUUAUGAUAUCUAUUUGAAUUAGUAUCUACUUCAA